CCCACAGAGUCAGCUCGUCGGGAGCUUGUUACAGAGACGAAAUGCGUCUACACCGGCACAGGGAACUGCUCCCGAGCAAAGAAUCCGUGUAAUCGAGGGGAGUGCUUAUCAUGCCAGCACACCGAGCAAAGUGACGUUUUGCAACUUUGCAACGAAAAUGAGAAGAAGGACGGUUUCAGGUGUAUUUGUGAGCCAGGAUUCAAACCGCCGUACUGUGAAGCGCCAGCCGAUGCAUGUUUUAAUCACUUAUGCAUAAACGGAGCCCAGUGCGUCGCCAAGUCACCAUAUAACUACGAGUAUGUGAUUUGUCCUAUUACCAGUCUUAAAGAACGGAACUUGUUACAUUGGGCAUAUGUAACAAUUUACUCAUGA